AUGGAGUCACCGGCCGCCCCUGCACGACCGCAUGGGGACGAAAUGAUCGAAUGCUGGGAUGAUGAUGAUGACUUGCAAUUCAACGAUGGUAUUCAAUUCCGUGCCGCCUCUAGCACUGGAUCUGUCACCAAUUCCUCGUUCCGCCCCUCUGGACACCGCGACUCCAUUUCAUCUCGCCGAUCCGCACGCUCCGAGCUUGAUUCGAAUGCUGGAGAUGAAGAUUGGCAAGUCCACCUCCACGAUAACGACGAUUUCUCUAAGGAGGAAGCUCUUGCCUCCGCCAAACACGCCGGCAUUCCUAUCCCCUCGGAUAUUCCUAGCUCGGCCCUCAUCGGGGGGGCAAUCAAACGCCUGUCGGCUCGGAAACAAAAGCGAACGUUUGUGGAUGAUUGGUCGGACGACGUGGAGCUUCCCGACCCGGAUGCGAUUCUAGAACUGAAAACUCCCCAAGAUAUAUCUUUCCCAGAGUCGUUACGACAAAUCAGCUCCGCAGCUACGAGUCCCGUGAAAUCGACAGCCUCGCCCUCCUGGAAUGAUGAUAUUUCGACUCGCUUGCAGGCAGCGUUUGCCCCUCUAGAUCGGUUCCAGGAUCAGAGUAGUGGCCCUGUGCACCAGGACGUCCCUACAAUCAAAGCUCCUACGCCUCGCUCUCCUCAAAAGAACGCGCCGGGCGCCGCUGGGCGUAGCCGUGCAGCGGAGCGUGAGGCGGACGGUUUUGAUGAAGAUCUUGAGCUGCCUCCAGCCCAUCAGCCCCUGCAGUUAGCUCACCGAAAGGACUCUACCGAGGUUUCAAGCCCUAUUAUGGAUGACUUUGACCUAGAGUGGUCGGAAGGUAGCAUUGGCGUCCGAGUCGGUGGGACGGCACGGGAUAGCCGUUCGGUCCCCAGCUCCUCUAUAUCAAUCGCAAGCCCGAGCGUAUCAAGCUGCCUCACCGCCGAAAGUGAAGAGGAUGGCCUCGAUGGUGUCUUGUUCCCGGAGGGGCCUUUGGAUUUUACUGCAUCCCUUAAGAGAAGACAAGAGGCCCAGGCGACAGAACGCCCAGUCGAGGCGCCAGGCCCUCAAAAGGCACCGAUUUCACCGGAUGCAGAUGAUUUCUUCUCGGGCAUCGAGGUCGACCAUGGAAGAGCUUUUGUCUCGGGGAAAUUGGCCUUCAAUCCCAACGUCAAGUGCAAGACAGAAUGGCCAACUAGCCCCACCCGUCGGCCGGCCACCACUCUGACAUUCACCAAUUCCACUGGGGGGUCCCCACGCACUCGCAUUCCCCGCCUAUCUGGCCAUGAACGGACCCAUUCGACUCAUCUAGAGACCGUCUCGGAGAGCGGUGCACCGCUCUCCAAGUUCCGCCGAUCGCAGUCUCGACUUGGACAUUCAUCCCAAUCGUCCGUUUCGAGUCUGCCGGCCAUUGGCACGCAUUCGACCUCACCACCUACUCCCGUCACCACCGUGCGACAGCUUCUGGGGCCCGGGUCUUCUACAGAAACCCCGGCGGUCAACGAAAACAAGGCCCCCCAGAGACACCUCCGAACUAAAAGAUCCUUGCCGUCCAUCCGAGGGGGCACGUCGGCAACGUCAACGCGGGCCUCGCAACGGUCACCAUCUCAUCCGGAUGGAUCUAUUCGCCCCUCCUUGAACCGACCGAAGACUCCCAUUGAACGGAUGGCCGCCCUUGACGGGCGGGCCUCGGUUCGCAGAGUUCAGGCACCAUUUCUCUCCGCCGGCGCCUCAGAAAGGAAAGCCCAUCAUCCCAGUGUCAAGAGCUACCGUCCCUCUCGGCGCACCAGCUCGGAUAGCUCUGGCGAUCUCCUCAGUCCACCGGGCACCUUCUCCCGUCUGUCCCGCUCUACUCGCCCCGAGUCUCUCCGGCUGAGUUUGGAUGACUCGAGGACAGAAACCGCCGGGUCGACAGCCAAGCGGACUCUCACAAAGCCAACCCGGCGACGCAAUUUUGGGGAUGGCACCGAGCUGGAAUCUUUUGACGAUCUGCCUACAUCAGUGUCUACUGAAAGCAAAUUCACGAAGAAUCCUGCCGGGCGAGGCGCCCCUCGAUCCGUGCGCGCUCGGCUCAGCCAGAGCCGUAUCACUCCCCCGGUUGAAUCUCCCACCCAAUCCACGCCACCAUCGGUCUCCAAGCCGCUAAACUCCACACCGAGGUUCGCUCGCGAUACCAAUGCAUCCCGGAAUGCCAGAGAGCAGCGAAUUGCCUCGAUGAACUCCCGCAACCGGGACACGACCCCUCUCUCCGCCGCCAAUUCGAAUUGGAAACCCCAUCCUGUGAUAUCUCGCCUAUCACCCAGUGCGGCUCCUGUACGAAGCCGCAAGUCCAAACCCGCGGUCAAGACCUCGUCCAAACCUCACUUGAUCAAACCUCUGGGGUCUGGCGUGCAGGAUGCCAAAUCCGUGAGGGGUAUGCGGUAUAACCCGUCGACUUUCCGAUGGGAAGGAAAUGAGAACCUGGUGCAGGAUUUCGAGGUUGCCACUGCUCCCAAAUCCCCGAAACCGGCACCCGCUCUGAUCACGAACGUGGGCCCCCGGCACAACGUCCAAGCGGUUGGGGGAAUGGUUUUUGACCCACAGCGAAUGUGUUGGCUCAAGGCCUCGGCUCUCGAGUCUGGAGCCUACGGCGGUGUGGCCCCGGACGAUGACGAUGUCUUUGCCGGGUUGGAUGACUUGGAGGAGAACAAAACUGCUGGGCCCACGGGUCGAGACUCGGGGGCUGUCGAUGAAUUCCACUCUCACACGCCCGGUGGAGAAGAUGCGAGUGCGGGAGAGUCUUCCGACGAGUGUCCCAUCACCGAGGAAUUUGAUGUCGGUCCAGAGUUCAUUCGACGACAGCGAGCGGAGGAAGACAAGUGGAGGCGGAAGGUGGACAAAUGGGUUGGCCCUACACGCAACGAUCGGGAAUAUCCCUGGCGAUGGGCCAUCCGCGAUCUGGUGGCUGAAGAUACCGGGCAUUUUACCGGAUAG